CACCGAACGGAUCUUCGUUAUCUGAAGGAUACCUCCUCGCAAGACGAACGCGUUACAUCUACGAUUCGCGAGCGUUCCCUUUCUCGUUCUCCACGUACGUGUGCGUAUAUAAAAACUCACGCACGCACAUUGUGCACAUUGUCACGUGAUCCGCGCGCAGCGCUGUUCCUAAUGCACUUUUUCCGAGCGCGCGAUGACGACGGUAAUCGCGCGUAAUCGUCUCUCGCAUCCUUCGAGCCUUGUGUGACGCGCCUUUCCGUUCGCGUGGAAAGCCGUCGCGAGGGAGAGGAGCGAGCGCUAAUCGAGAGAGGAAAAGAACACUCGUGCUGGAGCACUCCACAGCCAUCUCGAAAAAUGUCAAGGUGAUCGUCUCUCCCUUCGCGUCUCUCACCCUCUGACGUCUCGAGGAAAAAAAUACUUGUACAUACGCGUGAAACGUGUGCUUUUUCUCGCGUUGGAUCCGGAUCUCGUCGGUUCGGCGUUUACACGCUCCCCGGUCUCUCGCGCCCCCCCCCCCCCCCCCCCCCCCCCCCCCCCCUCCCUCAUCGUCGUAUCGCACAUCCUGGAGCGUGGAUCCUCGUCCGACCCAACACGUCCGUCGGUUGAGAGAGCGAACCAGUCAGAAUGCAUCACACGGCGCCGUGGUAUCUACCCUGGGGCCUGAAGCUGGUGCCGCUGCCAAUUCCGCCGGGACAUCCGGCCUCCGGUAUCCCGAAUCCCGCUGGUCUACACCUGCUGACACCUUUACCUGGAAUCUAUGCACCGGAGCCGCGUAAGGUCGAUUUGAAACCCUUGCGAGAGGCGGCGGUGGCGGUCCCCGCGCCGAAAAUUACCGAGAAGCGAAAAGCUGAAGAUGCUGAUGCCAGUAAGGAUCUGAAGAAGGCAAAAUUGGAAACGAAAGCACUGAAAGCGAAGAGGCCGGGAUUCACGGACGAGCGGUACAACGAGACCAGUUAUUACGUGGAGCAUGGUCUCCGUAAGGUAUAUCCUUAUUAUUUUACCUUCACGACAUUCACGAAAGGUCGAUGGGUCGGCGAGAAGAUCCUGGAAGUCUUCGCGAGGGAAUUCCGUGCCCAUCCAGCUGAGGAAUACGAGAGAUGUAUUCGUGCCGGCACCCUGACGGUCAACUAUCAAAAGGUGGACGUCGAUUACAGGUUACGGCACAACGAUCUCUUGGCUAACGUUGUCCAUAGACACGAGGUGCCUGUCACCUCGGAGCCGAUCACGGUGAUACACAUGGACGAGGACGUCGUCGUGGUCAACAAGCCCGCCUCCAUCCCUGUUCAUCCAUGCGGUCGUUAUCGACACAACACCGUAGUUUUCAUUCUGGCGAAGGAGUACAAUUUGAAGAAUCUCAGAACUAUUCACAGGCUGGAUCGGUUGACCAGCGGCAUUCUCCUAUUCGGCAGAACACCGAAAAAGGCAAGACAGAUGGAGCACCAAAUAAGAAAUCGACAGGUCCACAAACAGUACGUGUGCCGAGUGGAGGGUGAGUUCCCCGAGGAGGAGGUGAUUUGUUCGGAGCCAAUCGAAGUCGUUUCCUACAAGAUCGGCGUCUGCAAGGUCUCCGAGAAAGGCAAAGAUUGCGUCACCCGCUUCAAGCGUCUCAGCUACAAUGGCAAAUCAUCGGUGGUGCUGUGCAAGCCACAGACUGGACGCAUGCAUCAGAUCCGCGUCCACCUGCAAUACCUCGGUUAUCCCGUGGUGAACGAUCCUCUCUACAAUCACGUGGUCUUCGGCCCGCACAAGGGAAAGGGCGGUAAUAUUGGCAAGACCGACGAGGAGCUCGUCCGGGAUCUCAUCAGCAUUCAUAAUGCCGAAAAUUGGCUCGGUAUGGACGGCGAUUCUGAUAUGAGUCUGUUCAAGCCGAAACUGGAAUUGGAAGAACGCAUGCUGGGCUCCGGCAAUGACAAGGACAACGGUUCCUCGCCGUCAUCCACCCCGGGGUUGGUCGAGGACGAACAGCAGCAACAGCCGCAGCAACAGCAACAGCAGCCACAACAGGAAUCCCUCAAGGUCACCGUGGGAACGCAGACAGGCUCGGAACCGCCAGAUUCCACUUUCGCCAACGACAAGGUCACCGUUGACCCGCACUGUUACGAGUGCAAAGUCAAGUAUAGGGACCCGAAGCCGUCAGAUCUGGUGAUGUAUCUGCACGCGUGGCGUUACUGCGGCCCGGGAUGGGAGUACGAAACGCCGCUACCCGCGUGGGCAGCGAGCGAUUGGACCGGCGACGAUCGAUAGUUCAGACAACGUGAUCGAAGACGAUCCGCGCGGAUUCCUUGGCGAGUAGUCGUCGUCGUUGUCGUUGCCGUCAUCGAGUCUCAAUCCCCUUUUUUGAUAUCCUUACCCCGUGCCUUCCAUCCGCCAAUGAGCGAUUUUGACCAUCGUACGCAAACAAGUACAUGUAGACGAAUACGCAUACAUGCAGACAUAUACACACAGUAGACAAACAGACGUGCCAUCCCCCUACAACUUGGUCGUCGGACUUUCCGGGAUGCUGCAGUCCGAGAGAAAUGGAGAUUGCUGGAACAAUCUCACGUCGCUCGAUAUGUACAUUUCUGCAAACUCGUCGUCGAUGCGUUGUCGUAAGCGACAACUUGGCGUUAUCAUGAAGCGAUUCCGACGGAUCAUCGUUUACGCGCAGAAAUUCACGCUCGUUUUCUCGCGACAAGUUUACCCGUCGCGUGCGUUCUCGUUAUAUAUUUCUGGCAAAGUCUCACACAAAUCCCUCAUGCGGAUUUUAUGCGGGGAACGAUUCGAGACGCCACGCUAUUAUGCGGAUUAAUCAUAGCGACAAAAGACAACCGUUGUUACCGAUCCUAUUACCGCAAAGCUGUCCCGAUUUCGGGAGCCAGUUAAUAAAUCAGAUUAUCAUUAUUAUUAUUUUUGUCUCGCCGCAGCAAUUUUCUGGGUUUCUCAAUCAUGUUUCCUCCGAGCAAACCUGGAGCGCCUUGUACAAUUACGCAGUAAAAUUACGCCGAGAUGUCGUAAUAAGGUGCAAUGUGAUUGUUCCUACGAUCGUUUCUCUCCGCGUAACAGCCGUAAGAAUGUUCUUGCAUAGUCGGUUGAUCGAUGUGGAUCUUAUAAGUCGCAGGACUUCGUUGUAACUUCCGAAUCAACGAUGAAUAUUGAUUUUUUUGCUAUCGGAAAGAUAUAUUGUGACAAACAAAAACGAUUUGUGAUUGUAUUACCGCGAUAUUUCUCGAUCAAAAUAUUUGUCGUCAAAUGUUUAAAAACAUUGUCAUCAAAAUGUUUAAAAACAAUAAAGAUGCAGCCGCACAUCGAAGCGACAAAGAUGAAA